AUGGGUCAGCUCCCUACUCCCCGAGUCACUCCAGCAAGACCAUUCUUACAUUCAGGAGUGGACUACGCUGGACCAUUCCAACUCCUACCUAAGCAUUUAGAUAUUGCUACUGAUUACACCACCGAAGGCUUUUUAGCAGCUUAUAAGCGAUUCGCCGGAAGACGAGGGAUUGCCAAAUGCGUAUAUAGUGAUUGUGGUAGUAACUUUGUUGGUGCUGACCGGGAACUUCGUUCAUUGUUUUCAAAUGCGUCAAAGGAAUGGAAGGUCGUAGCCCAAAGUUUGUCAAAUGACGGAACCGAUUGGAAAUUCAACCCUCCGUCAGCACCUCAUUUCGGCGGCAAAUGGGAAGCGAACAUACGAAGCGUCAAAACUCAUUUCAAAAAAAUGAUCGGAAGCUCGACGCUUACUUACGAAGAAUUUUCAACUCUAUUAAUUCAAAUAGAGGCUAUAUUAAACUCACGGCCGCUUUGCUCUCUUCAUGAUGACCCCGACAAUUUCGAAGCAUUGACUCCGGCCCAUUUCCUGGUUGGAGGCGCGUUAGCUAUCAUCCCCGAACCGUCACUGUUGGAUUUAAAAACGCCUCGUUUAUCUCGCUGGCAGCACAUCCAGCAAAUGGUGAAUCAAUUCUGA